AUGGCGAACGGCUACAGCAUACUCGGUGUGCCGGUCGACGUGUCGAUUUGGACGUUGAUGGUGAUUAUCACGGGGCUGGUGGUGCUAGCGGGGCUGAUGGCGGGGCUCAUUAUCAGCGUCUUCUCGCUCGACAAGGAUCGGCUGAAGGUGCUCGCACAGCGAUCGGAGACAGUGGAGGGGCGACGCGCGCGGCGGCUGCUGCUCGUCUUGCAGAAUCCGCACUGGGUUCUCGUUACUCUCGUCGUUGUCGACUCCGCCGCAACGGAGAUGCUGCCGUUGUUGUUCAAUGUCCUUCUUUCCCCCGUCGAGGCAGUCAUCAUGUCUGUGAUCCUGCUGGUCGUCUGCGGGGAGAUCAUACCCGAAGCAGUGUUCACGCAUCACGCACUGGCGCUGGGUUCAGCGUUGACUUAUCUAGUGCUGGCGCUAAUGGUAGUCACAGCACCAAUAUCGUGGCCUGUUGGGAAGGUGCUAGACUGGUGCGUUGGGAGCCGAUCGGGUGUCGCCUUUAAGCGUGGCCAGCUACGCGAGGUGAUCCGAUAUCGGGCCGCCCAGCUUUAUGACAUCCAUGGAGACGAUGACGACGAGACCGCACCGCCGCGGGAGAGCAGCCUGGACACACGAGAGCCGCGGUCGAUGCACCAGCUUGAGACCCAAAUAAUGCUCGGGGUCUUGAGUCUAUCGGAGUACGUCGGGUCCUCUGUGUUGAAGAAGGGCAUUCGGGCAACUUUCACUGUCCACCUUGACGCCGUUGUUAGCAAGCGGAUGGUACAGAGCAUGGUGACGCACAAACUAACUCACAUUCCCGUGUACAGCGACGUCGGAAACCCAUCUAACGUCACGCAAGUGUUGGAGCUUCGGCUUUUGCUCUUCUUUGCCUACUCCGAGGAAGGAGCUUCGAUUCGCAUCCGCGAUCUCCCACUCUUGCCGCUGCCUCGGUACAGUGCAGACACGCCGUGCAAUUUGCUUCUGGACUACCUCCGUGCUUCUCCUCUCCAGGUAGCCGCGCUCACGAGCUCAGAUAACGCUGCAAGAGUUGUUGGCAUCAUCUCAGCAUCGGAUGUAGUGGAGCUUGUGCACAAAACCUCGUUCGAUACCGCCUACGUGGAGUCUCACCGGCCGCAAGGCAGUGUCGUGCAGUCCUUUCGUGCGCACAACGCCUCCAUGACUCACGAGACAAACCAGAUGUUACUGAACGACAUGAACACGUGA